UUCACAACACCAUCAUUCGAUUCCACCAACUUUUCUUCUUCUUCCAGUCUCUGCUAUUUUUUCAUCCAAUCUCAUCUUCUAGUAAUGGCAUACUCUGCAGGAUCAGCCCUUAAAACUAUUUCAUCUUCACUAAAACCAGUUGCUAAUAAUUCACAACUACCUAAACUUCUAUCUUUCUCUAGUCAAAUUGUUAAGUUUCCAACAACUCAUCAAGCUCAUACAACGUUAAAACAAACCAAAUCUAUUACAACAACACCUAGAUCUUUCUUUUGUAAGAGAGAUAAAUCUGAACCCACUUCAGCUAAAAAAGAAUCUCCAGCUCCUGCUAAAGUCGAAGAGCUUCAUGUGUAUGAAAUCAAUGAAAGAGACAGAGGAAGUCCUGCUUAUCUUCCAUUAAGCCAAAAACCAGUUCACUCACUCGGUGAUCUAGUUCCAUUCAGUAACAAGAUCUACAGUGGAGAUUUGAAGAAAAGAAUCGGAAUAACAUCGGGUAUAUGUGUAUUGAUACAAAAUGUUGCAGAAAAGAAAGGAGACCGUUAUGAAGCAAUAUACAGUUUUUAUUUCGGUGAUUAUGGACACAUUUCGGUACAAGGAGCCUAUUUAACUUAUGAAGAUACACUUUUAGCUGUAACGGGUGGAUCUGGAAUUUUCCAAGGGGUUUCCGGACAAGUGAAAUUGAAACAAAUUGUGUUUCCUUUCAAAUUAUUUUAUACUUUUCAACUCAAAGGAAUAGCUGAUCUUCCAGCUGAACUCUUGGGUACGCCAGUUGAACCAAGUCCAAGUGUAGAACCAGCUCCUGAAGCUAAAGCUACUCAACCUGGCUUUACUAUUAAAAACUUUACUAAUUGAUUUUGAUUAUUCAAUCAUGAUCCAAUGUUAUCUUGUCUUAGUUAUAGUUAAGUUGUCUUUUUUCUUUCUUCUAUUUUCCUGUACCUUCUUUCUAUCAUGAGGCUGUAUAUGAGAGUUUGCAUUUUCAGUGCCUACAAUAAAGAAAGAUGAUAGUGCGUCUUUGGCUUUAACUUUUGAAGUUCUGU